CCACACACCAUGUUUAUGUCAAUACUGUACGUGGCUCUUGUAUAGACCAGAGCAGGGGUAACGGCAGGAUUCAUCAGCAAAGUGAGAGAUUAUUCUACACAAGGUUUACAGAAACAAACGUGACUAUCUAAGCAUCAGAACUCCAACAUUGCAACAGAUACAUUCUCUCUGGAUGUUAUGCUCAUUUAAUGUGAUUGUGACUGGAUGGACUGGGCAAGGUUGCUAGCUAGUUAGCGUUAGAGCUGAAAAAUAGUUUGCGACUUUAGGCAUAUCACUGAGAUUAGUGGUCAGUUUAGAUCGGUAAUCACAAUGACAGAUGUGGAGUCCUCCCUCGAAUUUUCCACCUCUCUAUCAAGCUCUUCUCUACCACCACCUCGGACAAGGAUCUUCAAAAUCAUCGUAAUUGGAGAUUCAGGGGUAGGCAAGACCUGUCUCACCUAUCGGUUCUGUGCAGGCAAAUUUCCUGAUAAAACCGAGGCCACGAUCGGGGUGGAUUUUCGGGAGAAAGUGAUCGAAAUUGAUGGUGAAAAAAUUAAGGUACAGCUGUGGGACACAGCUGGUCAGGAACGCUUCCGGAAGAGCAUGGUUCAGCACUACUACCGCAAUGUACAUGCAGUCGUAUUUGUGUACGACGUGACAAGCGCAGCCAGUUUCCGGAGCCUUCCGGCGUGGAUUGAAGAAUGCCGACAACAUGCGCUGGGCCAGGAGGUACCCAGAAUCCUCGUGGGAAACAAGUGUGACCUGCGCCACGCUGCCCAAGUCAGCACAGAUGUGGCACAGCAGUUUGCUGAUGCCCACUCCAUGCCCCUCUUUGAAACAUCUGCCAAAAAUCCCCACGGAGACGAGGAUGGUAACCAUAGUAACAGUGAUCACGUAGAGGCCAUAUUCAUGACGGUGGCACACAAGCUGAAAUCCCAGAAGCCCCUGGUGCUCAGCCAACCUCCAGAAGUGCCAGGCGGGGACACAAUUAUAUUGAGGAAGAGGAGGGAGGAAGAUGAAAGAGGAAUGUGGAGCUGUAAUUGCUGAGUGGAGGAGCUAAAGGGGGAGGGGUCUUAUUUGAACCCAAUGAGCCAGUGAGAAAAAUGGGGAGGAGACACUGCCAAAGAGGGUAUUCAGGCUGAACAGUCCAGAGAGGCAUGACUGUGCCUAUUGUGAUGUCAUAUAGAAGGGGCAAGUUGUAGUGGGAAUGGAAUGGAGUGGGGCAUAUACACAUAAGACAGAGAGUUUUACAAAGACAUGUAAUACAAACUUUAUUCAGUUUAUCUUAAUCAAUCUUAAGUGAAGAUUUUGUUUUCAUUGAAUUCUGAUUAUGAAGCUGAACUCUUACUCUAAAGGGAAACCAAACUGGUCUACAAGCAUCUCUCUGAACCCCUGACACAUGGUCUAGUAACUAAUCUCUGAGAGUACUGUUCUUGUUUUUCUGGAAAUAUCCAGCAACAGAUCUUGAAAACAAAUCUUUUGCUCUGUUACCUCUAUGCUUAGAUUGCAUUAUUUGUACCUUAGUUUUAACUAACCAUAGAUUUUUAUUUUACUUUUCUCAGUGAUUUAUGUCUCAAAAGCUGACCAAGGGAGAAAAAGAACAAAAAUGGUUUACUCAGCACUUAUGUUCAAAACGUUUUAUUUCUGUCAUUCACUGACAUUUCUAUAAAAUGCAUGGGUAUUUGUAAGGGAGCACACCAACACACACAGUGUCCUGUGCUUUAAGCUGCUUAGAUCUCAGAGGAGCUUGUGUUGGACACAAAGGGAGUAAACACUGCUAGACACACACUUUAGACACACACUCUCCUCGCCUCAGGACGUUUAAUUAGCAUCCACUUCAUUUGUCCUCUCCCUUGCCAAAGUUAAGAACAAACUCCUGCAUCAAAACCCUCAGAGUUUUUUUCUUGGUCAAACAAGGUCUAUGUUAGCGUGUCAGAGCUGUCAUAUAUUUGAAGAAGGGCAGAACAUUUUAUGUGGUCACUACAACUAUACUAUAUAAACCUUUAGAUGUGGAAUCUAUGUAAAAAGACAUUUUGUUAUAGAGAGAAAAAAGAACAUACACGCUGCUAAUGCACUGUGAAAACCGUAGCUUGCGUUUGCACAGGGUGUGUAGUCCUUGCAUGACAUGACAUUGCUGCUUGGAUAACUCAAAGCAUCAGGAAAAGACGUGGUCCAGACGGUAAUGUGUCUUUUAGUGUAACCCAGAGCAGCGCGUGCUCACCUGCCUGCUGCGCUAUCUGUGGGGCUAUAUGUCCAUCCUGUAAGAUAUCUGCCUCGCUGCCUCCCAUGCUUUUCCUUCCCUCCUUUCCUCAGUAAGUGAUACUUUAGACAUGGAGCAGACAGAUUAAAGCAAAACGGCAGCAAUUCUUUCAAAACUGCCCACACUCGUCUGAUCUUCAUGAAGAUGAGCGGAAAUUAAGGAGAGUAUGCGAGGAGUGGAGUUUUUUUUUUUUUUUUUUUUUUGGAGCAUUGGCACUGGGCUUGACGUUAAGAAGCCGCUGAUGGCCUCUCUUCGAGAAACGGUCGUAUCUGGGCAUAUGUGUGUGGAAAUGAAAGCCCGUUGCAUUUGACCUCGUAGGGGUUUGAUUGAGUGCUCUUCUGCUUUAACCUAGCCUGAAGUCCAGUCCAACCACAGCAGGUCCUGUGGCAUGCGUUCAGAGAAACCUCUGGCACAGGUGGCUUCAUUGGGUUUUAAUGAAACAUUUCACCCAAGACUUAAAAAAGGAGUUAUUGUUAGAUUCCUAGAUUCCAGUUGUUUGUUUGGUUUUUUUCUCUAAUGGUAAUCCUUUUUCAAUCAUUCAUCUUGCCAUAAGUGUCUUUUCUUUGGUUUGGACAGGAAGAAUAGUUGUCUUUAUCACAUCGCAGGAUAGGUUUUACAAACCGUUCUGAGACACUUGGAUGUACAGUUCCUUUAUUGCCAAAAGUGUUUUAUUUUAAAGUGUCUUUUUUAUUUCUUUCUAAGUUUGUAUGGAUUUUAUUAUUGGACUGAGAGGCCCUGGCUGAAAAAUGCCUUUUGUUGACCUGAGAGUGUACGCCACAUUCAGUUUGUCUCAGUUUAUAUUACAUUGCUGUUAUUUGCCUUGCUUUUGUUUCUCAUACUGAAGAAAUGAGAAAUAUAGCAGGUACAUUAAUCACAAGGGAAAAAAACUGUAAA